AUGCGGUUCCGAACACAAUUAAGAGACAGCAGGACCUUCUCCAAGCUCACCGCGUCACUGUCCUCGCUGGGCAAGGUAUGUUGGAUGCGCCUGGAGUACGAGGUGAUCCGCUUUACGAUCAUACCCGACCAAGGCACACAAGUGUGGGCAUCAAUACCAGUUGGAACCAUUUUCGAUGAGACGACCUAUGAGCUAGAAUCCAAUUCCGACGCUAUCAACAUCGAAGUCAACAUCAGUGUCCUAAACCGAGCCCUACGCUCCGCCUGGGGCUCAACACAUACACAGCUCCGCCUAACUAAAAAAGACAAAACUCCUCUCUUGGCACUGACAGUCCUCUCAUCAGAAUGGACAGACGGGAACAUGGCCUUGGCCACCAACAAUGACGCUGAUGGCUUUGGUGACCCAAACCCAGCAGCUCCAAUCGAUACAACAGGCGAUCGAGGCCCACGCGAGCGCCAGACAUGGAUCACCCAAGAAAUCCCCAUCAGGAUUCUCCACGAGUCAGCAGUCGAAGGCCUACACGAGCCGCACUGCCCAGAUCCCGAAGUGCAUAUCAUCCUACCCAAUCUAGCGCAGCUGAAGAGCAUCUCCGAUCGCUUCACGAAAUUAGCAUCCACAGAUAGCAAAAGCCGACUACCAGGCAUGAUGGCGCCCGAUGCGCCGGGUAUGCAAUCUGUUUCUUUCAGCACGGCGGGCGCUAGCACAGCUGCCACGGCACUGUCGACCAACUCGUCUCCGAAGCUUGAAUUAUCUGCUAAUAUGCAUGGCUCACUACGGCUUGCUAUUGCUACGGAUGAGCUGCGCAUCGCGAGUGUCUGGACUGAUCUCGUGAACCCACCGUUGGAUCCUGCUCAAAUGAGCCAGGAGCAGAUGAGCCAGCUUCCCAGUGAGCUUAAUCGGAAGCGGGAGGCGAGCGAGGGAUCCGAAUCUGGCUGGGCUAAGGUUCGGAUUGAUGGAAAGGAUUGGAGUCGCGUGCUCAGUAUUGGAAGACUCAGUCCGAAGGUUGUUGCCUGCUUCAUCAAUGAAAUGGCACUGGUCCUUUAUGUUUACCUGCCGGGUAACAGGGAGGGAGAGGAAUCUUGUCUAACAUAUUAUAUCAAUUCAUUCACCACAUGA